AUGAGUACGCAAGUUUGGAACUGGUCUGCACUGUGUCGACAUGGCGAGGAUAUGUUAUCAUGGGAUGGCAAAGAUUUCGGUCAUUGCUUUGAACAAGUUGCUAUUCUAUUUCCUAGCCAUGCUGUGCUAGCCAUCAUCAGUGUUUAUCACUUUGGUAGAAGGCAAACA